AUGAUCAACGACGUUGGCAACUUGGACACGAUGACGCUCAAAAUCCAAGUCAAGCACAAGUCGAACUGGCACAGCGAGGCCGUUCGACGACCUCGCCUCCGGAUUGCUCCUACGGUAUCCUUUUUCCGUCCUUCGUUUUCGGCAUCAUGGCGGGACCUGAGAUGGCCAUGGCCAUUGAUUGUUGGCACCAUCGCUGCUGCGAUCGAUAUCUCCGUCAAACUAUUCGACCUUGGCCAGACCUUCACAGCGUUCCCCCGUACCCUUCGCGAUAUCCAUCUCCGCAUCCCCACCUACCAGUAUAUUAUCGACAACUUGACAAACAUCGGCAAGCCACCCCGCCGAAUUUUUCGAGAUCCACGAACCAUUACUGCUAUGGUGCCCAGCCAGCAAACAGUCGACAACGUCAUCACAAUUGGGAUUGAUUUUGGGACCACCUAUUCCGGUGUAGCCUAUACGUGGUCUAACAAGGCCGACAAGGUCAAGGUCAUCACUUGCUCUUUGGCUACAGCCAAAGCAGCCCCACCCGAAUUCGAACAGAAUGUCAACAAUGUGGCCAUUGACAACAGCCAAAAUACGACGUGGCAGAUUGCGGUCACCGUGGCCCUAGGCUCUAUCAUUUUCAUGCUCACUGUCUGGCAAGUUCUCAAAAAGUUCAGUGGCAUGGAAAGGAGUCAAGUGGACCGGGUCAGCUGGGACAGCGACAGCUAUUCGAGUUCCAACGAAGAGAAAACGCCUACAAGCCUGUCCUUCGGCUCGCAAACCAACUUCCUGGUCUAUGCAGGAGCGGGAGUAACACCCGAAUCAUCCCGCCAGUGCACCGAGUCCCUGAAGCGUCUGGUCGGAUCCAAUUAUGCUGUUUAUCAGAUCAUGAAGUCGAGUGGGGCCACUCCGUUCCAAAGGAAGCAUAGCGGCAACAUCGGAUAA